UAUUGCGCGGUGAUUAUCGUCAUAACCUUCAGGUGAGCGGCUGGAUGACUCCUCCACGGAGGAUCCGCGCACAAGGAGCAAGUCAGAACAGGCCGCGGAUGAUGAGCAGCGCAGCAGAGGCGCGUCUUCCCAGGCCUCCUCCUCCUCCUCCUCCCCGCUGACGGAGCGCGUCUUCGCCCCGGUUGCUCCACCUCCACCCCCAACUUGAAACUCACCAGCGUGAAGCCAAGAAAGAGGCAGACGGAGCCGAGGAGCACAGCGGAGACGAUGGCGGAGAACAAGACGGGUCCGAACCUGCAGGCUGGAGCUGGAUUCCUGGCCAAACGGGUCCAGAAGUCCUUCAAUCGCGCUCAGGAGAAGGUCCUCCAGAAACUGGGCAAAACUAUGGAAACCAAGGAUGAACAGUUUGAGCUGUGUUUCCAGAACCUCAACAAACAACAGAUCGACGGAAACAGAUUAUACAAAGAUGUCAAAGCCUACUAUUCAUCUGUUAGAGCUGUGCAUGAGACGUCAAGGAAGCUUUCCCAAACAUUGCGAGACAUCUAUGAGUCAGACUGGAAGGGAGUGGGGGAACUCGCCGUCAUUGCAGAAAGUGAAGAUUUGUUGUGGAACGACUUUGAGGAGAAGCUGAACGACCAGCUUGUCCGCACCAUGGAGAACUAUACAAGCCAGUUUCCAGAGGUUAAGGAACGAGUAUCAAAGCGCGGUCGCAAACUGGUGGACUACGAUUCCUCACGCCAUCACCUGGAAGCUCUGCAGAAUGCCAAGAAAAAAGAUGAAGCCAAAAUAGCCAAGGCCGAGGAGGAGUUCAACAAAGCUCAGAGUGUCUUUGAAGAGAUGAAUGACGAGCUGCGAGAGGAGCUGCCCGUCCUCUAUCAGAGUCGGAUAAGCUGCUACGUGACAGUCUUCCAGAACAUCUCUAAUCUAAGAGAUGUCUUCUACAAAGAAAUGAGCGUGCUGAACCAGGAACUGUACAACGUGAUGAAACAGCUGGAGGGUCAGCACUCCACCAAAACUUUCAUCAUUAAGGGUUUGAACAGCAGCACAUCAGGAAAGUCAAAGACAAGAAAGUCGAUUGUUAUCUCCAACCCCAUCCCCUGCAACACAGCUUUCCCCACAGACCAUGUAUCCAUCCACUCCUCUACUGAAAAUGGCAAAGGCGCCGCUCCUUCGCCACAGGGGCAACGAACUGAGAGCGUCUCUGAAGAGAGCAACACGCCAUCCAAGCGCUCCAGCUUCUCAGACUCUGACAUCAGCUCCAGCAGCACCAACACUCCCAAGAGGGAGUCGAUGUGCGAAAAUGAGGACGAGAGCGUCCAGAGUCCACAGGAGUCUGAGCCGGAGCCAACUGCCAGUCAGCCAGAAAACUCGGAGGCCGAAGCUCCAGUGGAAAAAACUGAAAGUCACGAGGUUGAAGGUUCCUCUGGUUCUUCAGAUGGUGCUACCACACAGACACUCGACCAGGUUACAGCAGAUGAUCCACCGUCAAACGAGGCAGAGACCAAACCUGCACCGGUUCCAGCCCCCCGCCUGUCCUUCCGGGCCUCUGACAGCCGCUCUGCCCUACUCCCAAAAGAUCAGGAGCAGGAGGAGGCCGAGGAGACGUUUGAGAGCCCAGAACCAACUGAAGACUCCAUUUCCCACAAUCCACCUGGUUUUCUCUACAAGGCGGUGGCAGUAGAGAGCCAUGGACCGACUGAGAAAGGACAGCUGCAGUUUGAGAAGGAUGAAGUCAUCCUGGUUCUUGAAGCCUCAUCAGAGCAGCUAGAAGGACAGCUGAGGGGAAUCAGGGAGGAGAGCUGGAUCCAGCAUCAGGAUCUAGAAAACUACUCUGGGCUCUUCUUGGAAACCCUCAUCCAGCCUGUUCAGCUGGAGUGAGGCAAACUCCAGUCCUCCGUCUGAAAAGUGUUUCUUUUCACCAUCGUGACUCAGAUGGAGGAGGACGCAGGGAUCGUGAGCCAAUAUCUUACAGAAGCUGCACAGAGUCACAUGUAUUUUUGCAAGUAUGUUGCAAGUUGCAAAACAGAAUCAACUGAGCAGCAGAACACUUUUUAAAGUGUAAAAACAUUUUUUUGUUUUGGUUUUUGUCUUUGAAAAAUGUGAAACGACUUCCUUUAAAUUUUUUAAUCCAAAUAAAGCUCUGAAUAAAGACUCGAUGUAACUUUU